AUGCAUUGUCUUUCUUCCGCAUCGAUCCGGUCUCUUUUUCCGAACUGGGUACAAACCUUUUGGAUAUCGGAAGUAGAGCAAAAUAGAGAAAGGCUGGAACAAAGUAUGCCCUAUGUUGCCAGCCCGUAUACCCGAACCGAACCAGCGGUAUAUCAGCUUCAAAAUACCGAAGUCAAAAAGCGUCCACCAAUUUAUAAUUCAAACCAAACAAAUAAGGAAAUAUUAUCGCGCGUCGGUCCUUUCAAAGGCUAUUCCACAAACCGAUCUCGAAACGUCUCUACACAAUCAGACGGCAAUACAGAUGGCGAAGUCAUUGUGCUCCCUCACAUUCCUCCAAAUAUCCGACUUGUUAAAGGCAGAAUUAUUGGCGUGAGAACGAGGAGCACCGAUUAUUUUGACUGGCCAUCCCCCACAUUUGAAAAGAUUGCUUUGAGUCGGAGAGAUGGGCCUCCAAUAGGUCUCUUACUAAUUUAA